AUGAAUUCUGCACUAAAAUUUCCGACUGGCGCUCCAGAACAAAUAUCAGCACUUUUACCAGAUCAAAGGCAACAAAGUAAGCCAGCUACUGUGAGGAAUAAAGCUCAAGAAAUUAUCGAAUCUACUGAUCCAAUUGGCGAAGCAUUUAUCACAAAUUUGCUUGAGGGUGUAAAUGCGACACCAGAGAAUGUUGUUGCAAUUGAUUCACGACUUAAGCCAACACAAAAACAAAUAAUCAUGUUUGAAAAUAUUUCUUUUCCGUCAGUCGAAGAGGUUCAGAAGAAAUGGAAGCGACCCAACGUUAUUAAUUUCUUAGAGGAAAAUAAAGUGGAGUUAGAUCUUGAUGAUGAUGACAUUCAAAUAAUCGUAAAGAAAAAGAUCUCUGGUCAUAACUUUCUCGAUUUAAGUCAAGAAAAACUUGAAGAGUAUGGAUUGCAACCAGGACCGGCAGACACAAUAGCCAAGUUGGCCAAAAAAAUCAAGGGCGAGGAUCAGGAAUUAACUAACAAGCGCAGGAAAAUCGGUCUAUGGGAUGAAACUGAAAAAGAUCCGGGAAAGUUUUGGAAAUCUUUGGAGAAUGCGAAAAUUGAUAAUAAUUUCCUUCGGCUGUCCGAGGGCGUCUAUUUCUUGGGUGAUAAAGAGCAGGGCGCCAUUCUAUACAUCCGUAAAUGUUACGACCACUUAUCUAAUAUUGUCUUUAAUGAGAAAAUACAUCGUUGUCGUAUUACCGGUAAUCCCGGAAUUGGCAAAACUGUUUUCGGAUUUUACCUACUUUAUUUGCUUUCAAAACAAAACAAAGCCAUUGUGUACCACAAAGCUUGUCAAUAUCCAAUUCUCUUCAACAAGCAACAUACCUUCCGUAGUGAUAAUAUCUCUGACUUUAAAGGAUACUUAGACAAUACAGAUGUCUGGUAUAUUGUAGAUGGUCAACCACCACUCCAAGUUCAUGCUAAGACAAUUCUUUUCUGUUCUCCCCAAAAACAACAUUACAAGGAAUUUGAUAAGAUGGUGGGAACAACAAUACGAUUAAUGCCAGUAUGGUCAUGGAACGAGGUUAACGAAUGCAGGAUUGGUAUGUUCAAUCAUCUUGAAGAAGCGAAGGUUGAGGAUUUGUACUCACGCUGGGGAGGGAUUCCUCGAUUCAUCCUAGAAAAGGCUCUAGAUUCCUCUCAGCAAAAUCAUCUCGAAGAUGCAAUUAGCAAGAGUAAUGGGAGAUUAUUUGAAUUUGUUGGAGAAAUUGACCACGCCGAUGAUGUCAGUCACAGGAUCAUUCAUAUCCACACGAAUCUACCUGAUGAAGAUGGAGGAGAGAACGAAGAGAGUGAAGAGGCUCCCUACAUUCAAAAAUUCAUACGAUUUGCAUCUGAAUGGGUGGCUGAAAAAGUGAUGGACAAACUCGAAAGGAAUUACAGUCAACAGUUAAGGAAUUUUGUGAUAGCAAGCUCGUCGGAAAAUGAAUAUAGUACGCUUCGGGGCGUCAUAUUCGAACAGAUUGCACAUCGAAUUUUACAAAAGGGAGGGACAUUUAAUAUUCGUCCUUUAGAAUCCGACAUCACAAGUUCUACAAUUGAAAUUCCAGAACGGAUCAAGUUGGUAUUUAAUGACAUUAAUAAGAUCGAGGAGGGCAAGUACUGUCAACCGAUUCAAAAGAAUUUUACAUCCGUUGAUGCAGUUGUUGCACCUGACACACUCUUUCAGAUGACCGCGAGCAAAAUCCAUCCUAUUAAUAUGAAUGGCAUGAAAAAGCUUGUUGAAAAAUUGGGCGGAAAGUCGGGAACAAAUCAUAUAUAUUUUUAUUUUGUCCUACCGAAAGAUUUAUUCGAUAAUUACCAAGCACAGCACUUUCAUACUACCGGCAAAACUGUUGCUAAGAAGAUACCACGUUGGAUUACUAAUCGUGUUAAGCAAUACGCAUUGGAAAUUGACUUGAGUUCCUGA